AGAAGCUUCUGCCUGAAUGAUGCAUAUAAGCGCUGCACAUUGUCGAUCACGCUUAUUCAUCUUAUUCAGCCUAUUCUUGUGAAUGCGAUUCCCCGAUUCCCAGUCACUGACACUAUCACUUUUCCCUUCUCCACCUUCUCUGGGCUUCCUCGAUGUUCACAACGAACAAGUCACAACGUAAAAUUCAGCAUUAUGGAUCCUGGAAAUGAGAUUUUACUAAGAGAAACACCCCUCACAAAGGUGUUGUGUGAAGAACACGCCAUCAUCACGUCAUUACAUAUCGGUGAUGGCUUUCUGCUCGUCGCCUCUGCGAAAGGGUGCCUCUACAAAGUUGAUUUGGCGGUGGAAUCUGUAGAGGUGUUGGCAGAGGUGAACAGCGUGUGGAGCCUUGCUUGCCAGGAGGAGACGGUCAUUUUUGGCACUUCACGCGGUGAAAUCCAUGUUCUUGACAUGAACACUCGGGCACCCUCGCACACGAUCCAAGGUCAUGAGUCACUUGUCCGUUGUCUCACCAUCCUUGACCGUAGCACCGUUGUUUCCGGCUCACGAGAUGGUACGAUUCGAAUCUGGACCCUCGAAUCCGGCCAACUCCAGCCAAAACCUGUCCUCCGUGGCCAUACGGCCGAGGUGCGGAACAUCCAAACCUGUGGCGAGAAGAUCGUGUCCGCCAGCUACGAUACAGACACCCGCAUCUGGAGUGCCCAGACAGGAGAGUGCUUGCAAGUUUUGCACGGUCAUCAAGGUCGAAUUCAUGGACUCGCGUAUGAUGGGAAGAGGGUUGCCACGAGCAGCACAGAUGGCGAUAUUCGAAUCUGGGAUCCAGAAACUGGAACCUGCAGAGCCAUAUUCAAAGGCGACGGACACAACGCCAGUUACGUAUCCCUUCUUCGCCUGGCGGGAGAUGCUCUUCUCUCAGGUAGCGCAGACGGAUCCGUUAAGUCAUGGGCCUUGGAUCCAGUAGAUGACAGCCCGCGUGAGCUGUCCAGGGCGGACCAAAAUGGUGGCGCGGUCACCUCCAUGCAAGUCCAAGGGAGACAUGCCAUCGUCGGCACUUCGUCAGGCGUCGUCAAGGUCAUUGAUUGCGACUCCGUGGAGACGCUACACUGUUGGAAAGACGGGGCCUGCGGGCUCGCCGUCUUUCGAGUUGGCUUCACCCGAGAGCACAGUCCAGUGGCGGCUUACUUGAAGGAAGAGUCUGUCUGUUUGACGCUGUUUUAGUAAAAGAGUGCCCGAGGAUUCGGAGUGUGCCGACUUUAGCCAAACCUAGCAUGGUAUGCCAUGCUGACCGGAACAGGCGCAAAGAUGACAAUGGAGACGAUUUGACCGAAUCCCCAACUAU